UCCCCGGCAUUCUUCGAUCCCGGAAUAUGCUCCACGAGCUCCUUCCGAUCAAUCAUUCCCCUCAACUCAAUCACCCCCAAUUCACAAAUCCGAGCGAGCUGCAUCCGGCGGGCCGCCUCGGUCUCCCGGUUCUUGUGCGGGUCGCGUAGAGAUCCUUGCUCCGAAUUCGACUUGGUUUCUCGCUCUCUUGCUCAUUGGGUUCGGAUUCCCCUGAGUUUUGAUCUGUUUAGUCUGCUGUGCCCAUCGAAUUAGGCGGAAGAUUGGAGGUGGCUCUGGCGGUGGCGGUUCCUGAUCCCGCCCCCGUGGUUCCUCGACUGCACCGCGCCAAUCGCGUGCUGGAUUGGCGCAAAGAUCGGACUUUUUGGAAGGGUUUGGCGGUAAGGAUCGAAUUUUGGGGAGGAUUUUGUUGCUUGGGACUGGAGCGCUCAUAGAUUUUUGUCAGUUCGGUCUGGUUGAAAGGGAUAGGAAUUGCAUUUUUUUUGGGGUGAAAUUGGAUGGCUGUCGUGGCUGCUGUGGAUCGUGCCUGGUUGUGGUGAAGGAUUGAUUCUUCUGGUAUGGGUGGUCGUGGACGCCCGUAAUGCCCUCGCUCGAGGUUGGAGGAUUCCACACGAUUUGAUGGUCUGUGCCGCCCGGGAGCUCGUCGGCGGUGGGCAAGAUGUACGCCGUGGGGAAGUUCGGCAGCCUCAUCUCUCGCAGCGUGUACACCGUCUCCGGCCCGUUCCACCCGUUCGGCGGCGCGGUCGACAUUGUUGUCGUGCAGCAGCAGGACGGCAGCUUCAAGAGCUCGCCGUGGUACGUCCGGUUCGGCAAGUUCCAGGGGGUUCUCAAGUCAAGGGAGAAUGUCGUCAACAUCUCUGUCAAUGGCGUCGAAGCUGGGUUCCACAUGUACCUGGAUGGCAAUGGCGAGGCUUACUUCCUUAGGAAUGCAGACCCGAAUGGUGAGGAAGGUGAAUUUGUUCUCUCCCCCGCAUCAUCAGGUGAUGAGCUGGAGGUACCGGUCCAGGAAGCUCAGUUGAGGAAGUCGAAGAGCACUUCAUGUGAUAGCUCCACGAUGGAGGCUGAUGUUGGGGAGAACAAGAUACUCGCGAGGACAACCUCAAGGCGGACCACCAUACUUGAACGAAUGUUUGGUCGGAAGUCAGUUAAGAACAAUGCACAUGCUGUGGAUAGAGUGAGCUCAUUAGAGCGAGCAGAGAUUGCUGCCGAACUCCUUGAUACAAAGUGGUCGACAAAUCUCCCGCGGAGUUCGAAAUCUCAUAGUUCUGAUGAUGAAUCUUCCAAGAGCAAGUUGACAGAAGCUAGCAACAGUGAUCAGAUGGAAACCUCAAAGACUGUACUGCCAGAACAUAGCUUGGAUCGUGGGAAAGAGAUGGACUCUAACUGCAAUAGUGCUGACUGCAAUUCUUGUAGUCCUCGUGGAGGAAGAAAUAGUUCGGCAGGUGAAACUGAUCAGUGUUUACAAACAACUAGUGUGAAGGAAGAGGUUGUUGAGAUACAUACACAUGAGUCUGUCGAUACUCAAGGUGAGUUGCUGCAUAAUUUGGAAGAUGUUGCAGGAAGGGAAAUACAUACAAAGGAGGCCUUUUCCAAUGGCAUUUUUGAAAUCCAGACCGUUGAGACAGACACUACAAGCGGUAAGAGCGAGGUAGUUUCUCAGUUUGUCACUGUAGAUUCAGAUGCCAACCAAAAUUUGGCAGAUGCCAAUCCACCAGCUUAUGCAACCACAGAUGUACCAACUGAAAAGCAUGAGGUUACGUUGAUCCCUUCUGCACCUGAUCCAGUUCAAGAGAAAGUUGUCAUUCUCAGCAGUUCUGAGACUCUGGAGAUUUCACAAGAUGCAGUUCAAGAGAAAAUGGUCAUUCUCAGCAGUUUUGAGACUCUGGAGAGCUCAUAUGCUGUGUCCAGUAUUUCAGAUGACAAAGGUCAUGAUGCAUCAGAUACCUCACUGGCUCACAGUGUAGAACGCGAGGAGGAUUCCAGAGUCUCUGAUGGGAGUAGAGAGCAGCUAUUUUCUGAGGAAAGGUCAUUUGCAAGCUGCGGUGCUCCCAGCAACAAAAAAGACAUGAUUAAAGUGGUUGUUGAAGAACAUGAAGCUUUUAUCUUAGAAGAUUCAGCUCCCCAAAUCUUGCAACAUAAUGGUCCAGAUAUGGAUAUUUCUGUGGACAGUGUUUCACUUUCAAAUACUGAUGCAGCUCAUGAUUUAGCUUGUCAGCAUGAUGUGGUUUAUCCUGAUGCUUCUUCUAGUGUUAUAGAGACAUCAAGUUAUGUGCCUGACAACGAUCCUGAAGAUGUUACAAAUAACUUAACUGUGGAAAAUAAAGCAUGCAGCAUAGAGCUUGAUGUUUCUGUUACUCAGAUCCCAACAAUAGGAGAUGGAUCCACAGAAUGCAAUGCCCAGUCAGCUAAUUUUCCCAAGACAAUAGUAGAGAGCUCACCAACUGCUACUGGGUCUUCCAGUUUGGUCAAUGAUCAUGAAAAUGUAACAAAGAACUUAAUUGUGGAAAAUAAAGCAUGCAACAGAGAGCCUGAUGUUUCUGUUACUCUGACCUCAACAAUAGGAGAUGGAGCCACAGAAUGCACUGCUCAGUCAGCUAAUUUCCCUAAUAAAAUGGAAAUAGAGGGUUCACCAACUGUUCCUGGGUCUUCCAGUUUGGGCAAUGAUCCUGAAGAUGUAACACAGAACUUAAUUGUGGAAAAUAAAGCAUGCAACAGAGAGCCUGAUGUUUUUGUUACUCUGACCUCAACAAUAGGAGAUGGACCCACAGAAUGCACUGCUCAGUCAGCUAAUUUUCCUAAGGAAAUAGAAAUAGAGGGUUCACCAACUGUUGCUGGGUCUUCCAGUUUGGUCAAUGAUCCUAAAGAUGUAACAGAGAACUUAAUUGUGGAAAAUGAAGCAUGCAACAGAGAGCCUGAUGUUUUUGUCACUCUGACCUCAACAAUAGGAGAUGGACCCACAGAAUGCAUUACUCAGUCAGCUACUUUUCCUAAUAAAAUAGAUGUAGAGGAUGCACCUACUGCUACCGGGUCUUCCAGCUUGGUCGAUGUUGAAGUGCAAAACACAAAAACAGAAGAUGAAACCGGAAGAUCUAGUUCUGUGAGUGGAGGUGAAGUUGGGUUUGUGCUUGAGGCUACAGCUGAGCCUGAGGAAGAAGCAGAAGCAGCAGUAUCAUUCUCUGAGUAUACAGAAGAAAUUCAGUUUCAAUUUAGUGAUAAUGAUGAAUAUUUUGCGGAUAGAAAGGCCAUGGAUGACAUAGUGGCUGAUAAAACAGCAGGCAAAGGAGGACAUGACAAAUCUGAUUGUGACACAGAAAAACAGGAAGGAGGUGGUGUAGAUCUUGCAAAUGAAUUGGAAAACUGCUCUGAUUCAUUAAGGCCUGUGACUAGCCCUAUUUUUAUUCCUACAAGUGACCUGCAGUCAGGAGAUAACAGCAUAGAGGCUAAGUCUCUACCAAAUCUUCGUUCUCACAUACAUGAUCUUGAAAGGCCUGAUAGUUUUCAGCUAAGCCGCUCACUACAAUCAAAUGCUGAAAAUAAUGGGGUUGACCCAGUCAAGAGUAUGAAUUCUUCUUUUCUUGAGCAGAAACCAGAAGUUACUGGUGAUUCAGAAGAAAAUUUGAGCCCACCUGAGGUUACCAGCAAUGUUGUACCUGAUGACAAGCACGCUGACAACCUGAAAGUUGAUUCAUUCACCCCUUUUGUGGAAUUAUCACUAUGCAGGCACCUGUUAUCUGAAGGCAUGGGGGAGGAUGCUGCUCGCAGUGCAUUUGAUUCUGAGAUGGUAACCUUAGAGAAGUUCCGUACCAUGAAGCAGUCACUGGUGAGAAACAAUAGGUUAGUUGUUAGGAUUGCUGGCCGCUAUUUUCCCUGGGAUGCAGCUGCGCCUAUAGUGCUCGGUUUGAUCUCUUUCAGUGAGGAACAAGUUUUUGAACCCAAAGGCAUGAUAAAGGUGGAGCGAGUUGAGCCAACUGCAGAACCAGGUGGUAGCUGGAGAAUCUGGCCAUUUAGUUUCAGACGGACAAGGACUAUUAGUGCUGUCCAGCCAGUUAGUGAAAGCACUGUUGAGACUUCUGCAUCCGCUCCUGCUAAAGAAUCGACACCUGUUAACGAAUUAGAUAGAGAAAGGAAUAAAUCCAGGGCAAAGAGGAUUGAGAGGAAGGUGCGAUCACUCACUCCAACAUCUGAGGAGCUCGCAUCUCUUGAUCUUAGAGAGGGCAAGAAUGUGGUAACAUUUACCUUCUCAACUGCAAUUGUUGGGAAACAGCAGGUUGAUUGUCACAUAUAUUUAUGGAAAUGGAAUACGCGCAUUGUCAUAUCAGAUGUGGAUGGCACUAUCACCAAGUCUGACGUUCUUGGCCAGUUCAUGCCAUUGGUUGGUGUUGAUUGGUCUCAAAAUGGAGUUGCUCAUUUUUUUUCUGCAAUAAAGGAAAAUGGAUAUCAGCUUCUAUUUCUGAGUGCACGCGCUAUUUCACAAGCCCACAUUACGAGACGGUUUCUUUUCAGCUUAAAGCAGGAUGGCAAAGCACUUCCUGAUGGCCCUGUUGUUAUAUCCCCUGAUGGUCUCUUCCCUUCACUUUACAGAGAAGUUAUCAGAAGAGCUCCUCAUGAAUUCAAGAUUUCAUGCCUAGAGGCUAUCAAAGAUCUAUUUCCUCCUGACUCGAAUCCAUUUUAUGCUGGAUUCGGAAAUAGAGAUACAGAUGAGCUUAGUUACCUCAAAGUUGGUAUUCCUAUGGGCAAGAUCUUCAUAAUAAACCCCAAGGGUGAAGUUGCAGUAAAUCGGCGAGUUGAUACAAAGUCAUACACAUCCCUGCAUGCUCUUGUCCAUGGAAUGUUCCCACCAAUAUCAUCAUCUUCGGAGCAGGAGGACUACAAUACCUGGAAUUACUGGAAAAUGCCAUUGCUUGAUGUUGAUAUGUGAGGUACAAGUGAAGUCUGCACAACAGUGCUGCGCUAAUUUUAUAAUGCGCCACAGUGAUGAUGAGAAGAAAACCACGGUGAAGAUAGCACCCUGAGGCCAAUCGUUGGUUGGCUACGUGUGGAUGCUCCUGAUAUAAGCACCUGCAAGAUCGAAACUGUAUAUAUAGGAUCUUAAUAGAGGACUUGCAAUCUGCACGCUGAAUAAGCAGCAGAAGCAGUAUAGCUGUUUCUUGUGAUCUUGUCAAUCCAUCUGUUGUUGGACUGAACCUUCUUGUCCUGUAACUGAGAGGUGUAUAAUUUACUGAAUGGAGGGAUCUGAUAGUGUUGUUUCGUCUCAUCCUUCUUGGUGUAAUUGUGGCGCCAUUGUAAUCUGUACAAGAGCAGUUCAAUAAUGCAAUAGAAUGUCAGCUUUGUUCAUUUGCUA